AUGCCGUCAAAACAAAGAAAAAUUGCUAUGAUGGGAUACAGAUCCGUCGGCAAAUCGUCGCUUAUUAUACAAUUUGUAGAAGGGCAGUUCGUGGAUUCUUAUGACCCCACAAUAGAAAAUACUUUUACAAAAUUUAUCAGAUUAAACUCCACUGAGUAUGAAGUUAAACUAGUAGAUACAGCAGGUCAAGAUGAGUACAGCAUCUUUCCUCUACAAUACAGUAUGGAUUUUCAUGGCUAUGUUUUGGUAUACUCUAUAACAUCAAGCAAGAGUUUUCAAAUUGUACAAAUAAUAUAUGACAAGCUGUUGGAUAUGGUUGGCAAAAUACACGUUCCCAUAGUAUUGGUUGGCAAUAAGACAGAUCUUCAUUUGGAAAGAAAGAUAAGUACCGAGGAAGGAAAAAGAUUGGCAGAGAAAUGGAAUGCCGCCUUUGUUGAAACCAGCGCAAAGAGAAAUGAGUCUGUUACUGACAUGUUCCAUGCAAUGUUGUCGGAAAUAGAAAGAUCCGACGGUCACAUGCCCGAGAAGAAUGGAUGUGUUGUUUCUUAA